GGGGGAGGGGGCGAGGGAUGGGGGAUGAAGAGAGGAAUGGGGACGUACGGACGAGAUGAGGUGAGACGAGACGAGACGCAAUUUUGAUCGAGAGAGCGACGACCGACCGACAGACUGACACCACCACCAUCAUCAUCAUCAACUUUAUCGAUAUCGAUAUCUUUAUUCAUCUAUCAUUACCGCCAAAUCUACACGCUCCUUUCAGCUCUCAGCUUUCUCAGCUUUUUACCCAAAACACGCUCGCUCUUUGAUACUUUGAUACUCUUCCCUUUCCUUGGGCAUUCAACGCGCGAUAUACCCGCCACCCACCACCGUCGUGACACAGGACGCGAGAGUGCUGUGAAGCGUCGAGCGCUGCACGUUCCUUUUUUUUUUUUUGGUUUUUGAUUCUUGGUCUUGUGGUGUCUGCGCGUUUGCGUUUCGUCGUCGUCGUCCGUUCGGCCUCUGGUCUGGUCUCCCGUCUGCUCACCCGCUCCCUUCGCCCUACUCGCCUCACUCCCAACCAGCCCGCACCGACUUGUACACUCAAAUACCCCACAAAGCCAUCCUCAUCUCCCACCGACUCGUCCCAUGUCCCAUGUCUCGCGUCUUCCUUCCUUCUCACUUUCCUUGCGUGUACUGACCUCUCUUUGUCUCCAUCUGAUGUUUAUUUACUAUACGCCAUCCUCACUCGUCAUCACCCCACAUCAUAUCGUUUUUCUACACCCACCACCACCACCACCAAAAGUUCCGUUUGCCCAUUUUCCAUUCUCUGCGUUGCCCGUUUCUGCGUUACCCGUUUCUCGAUCUCAUCACGUUCAAAGACCGCGGUCCACUUUUUCCUCCUCACAAAAUCGACAUCUUUAUUCUGUAAGUUAUGUAUUCACUCUCGAGCCGCCCUCUCGCCUCGACGCGGAAUUCGCUCUCCCUGGAUAAUAGUAGGAAAUUAUAGGAAUGGCGUCGCCUUUUUCUUUCUUCUUUUCUUUCUUUCUUUCUUUCUUCUUUUCUUUUCUUUCUUUCUUUUCUUUCCUUACCUCUCACUUCUUUUCGGUUCUUGCUCUCAUCCUCACUCUGGCUCUUUUUUCUUUUUGGGAUUGGCGGGGGGGAGAUGGUUGUAGAAUGGAUUGUAAUAUAUAGAGAUAUUUGUGCAAUUAAAG